AAGCUGGCACCAGAGGAGCGGAGUGUGAGGGUUGGGUUGGAGUAGGAGAUCAAUUCCCCUCAGCCUUCUCCCCUUUCGCUCCUGUCUGACCCUCCGUGAAGUUGGAAAUCACUCACGGGGAAAGGGGUUUCCCUUCAGGUUGGGCGCAGUAUUAAUGGGGAAGGGGGAACCUGGUGCUACGAGGCCCUGGGGAGGACCUGGCAGGGGUGGCGAUCAGGGCCGAGGGUGGAGGGACUGAGGGUGGCCGUGCUUGGCCCGGGGGGUGCUGCCUUGUGCAGAUACGGUGGAGGCAGAGGUGGGCAUGGAGGUGAAGGUCACCAACCAGGAGUUUUCCGAGGACCUACGGAACCACACCUCGGAGCGCUACAAGGUGUUCGAGGCCAACUUCGAGAAUCGGAUGAAAGAGAUUUACAAAAAUGUCCCCGAGUACCAAGGGGUGAAGAUCAGGAGCCUCAGGAAGGGCAGCAUCGUGGUGGAUUACUUUGUCAUCCUGAUGAUGCCCUUCAGCCCCAGCCUGGAGGACACCUUCCAGGAACUGAAGGACCAGCUGACGGCCGACCUGGUAAACGCCAGCCAGUCUGAGAACGGCAACUGCUCCAUCAAUCAGGAUAUUCUGUGUUUUAGUAAUGACUCCGUUAAGGAGACCAACAGUACGGAUCUGAAUCCCAUGGUUCUGUGCCACAGCCUGGCCCCCGCGGGCUACCGGGACUUCUACUUCCCCUUGGUGGAGGAGAAGCAACUCCGUUGUGUGUCCAACUGUACUCUGGGCGUGGAGGGAGCCAUCGACUGCCACCAGGGCCAGUGCCGGCUGGAGAAGAGCGGGCCUGUCUGCCGCUGCUUCGUGACGGAAACGCACUGGUACCUGGGGCCGCGCUGCGAGGGCAGCAUCGACCGGCGGGCUCUGGUCGGGAGCCUGGCGGGGGUCGGCGCCCUGCUCCUCGUCCUCGUCGUCCUCCUCUCCGUCCCAGUGAUCCGAGCCCACAGAGACCAAGUGACAGAGAGCUGGAUGCCCAAUAGGGACAUGGAGUGGCAAAGUGAUGCCACCUGGGUCAGCAGUUGCGUCGGAACCUUCUCCAACCAGAACUUUGAGGAUGGGACAGAUGGAGAUCUGGCCCAUGGCAGCUUCCAGCCAGCUCUGGAUAAGGUGGACACCAGCCUCCAGAUCCGCAUCCAGAGACCUGAGAUGAUACCAACCUUCUGAGCCACAGACACUUUCCUGGAGGCACCGGCCCGGGAUGGGAUGACCCGGGGAACGUCGCCUCAGCGCAAACCUUACCCCUUCAGAACAGCCAGGAGCUGUGAAGGCCUAGAGGGAGGAGCCCUGCUGACCAGAAGGCCCAGAAAGGGACCAAGGUCUGUCUGGGAUGUAAAAUAGUGACCACGUCGCUCGCUAGACAGUAAGCUCCUCGUAGGCGGGGAAUCACGUCUUUUCCCUCCAUUGGACUGGAAAAGUACAGUGCUGGGCACACAGGAGGUGUUUUAUAAAUACCACUGAUGGAUCGACUGUUCCUCUGUAGAU